AUGUAUUCCGACAACGGAACGACAUUUGCCGGCGCCGACAAGGAGCUACGCAACGCCUAUCAAGCCGCGCUAUCGGAUAAUGACUUCCAAAAUCGCACCGCUUCUGACGGCAUUCUCUGGAAGUUUAUUCCGCCGCACGCGCCUCAUUUCGGUGGUUUGUGGGAGUCGGGCGUGCGAAGCGUCAAGCAUCAUAUUCGACGCGUUCUCGGAUCUCACUUCCUCACCUUCGAAGAGUUCACAACCUUGCUCUCCCGAAUCGAAGCUUGUUUAAAUUCCAGGCCCUUGGAGCCGCUUACGGACACGCUCGAUGAUUUCGAGCCCCUUACUCCAGGCCAUUUCUUAAUCGGCUCGGCGAUCACGAUGCCGCCCGAGCCCUCGCUGUUGCACAUCAACGAGAAUCGACUCUCUCGAUGGCAACUAAUUCGGCAGAUAACAGAAACUUUCUGGCAAGUAUGGCAAUCAGAUUAUGUUAAUACGCUCCAACAGCGAAGUAAAUGGUGCCGCGAGAAAGAGGGAAUCAAGGUGGGCGCGAUGGUGCUCCUCAGAAAUCCGCUACUCCCCCCGUGCAAGUGGGAGCUCGGACGCGUAACCCGGUGUCAUCCGGGCCCUGACGGUCUGGUACGCGUGGUUUCCGUCAAAACCGCACAAUCGGAGUUCAAGCGACCAAUCGUUAAAUUAUGCGUUUUACCGUUCGCCGAACCCUCCGCACAAACUGAGCAACCAAACAAGACGACAUCCCAAGCGAUCCCGUUGCGCCAGUAA